CUUUCAUUUAAAUUUCAUGCAUUCUUCCUGUCUUUCUGGAGUGGGCUGCAAUUGGCUUGGGGGAAUCAGCUUUUAAGAGAGCAUGUGUCUUAAGGGUCCAAACCAUGCCCUGAAAGAGACAGUUUAUUAUCUUGAGGCUGCCCACAGACAGUAUGCCUAGAAAUAGAAUUUUCCUUGCCCUCGGUCACUGAUGCCAUAGUGGAGAACUGACAGGGCUCCCUGAGGACCUAAAGUAUUUAUAACUCUUACAGUAUUUCUGCAAGGUGAGCUUUGCUGCCAGAGGCCUGAAUUGGGGCAGUUAAGAGUUACUGAGGUAGAGGAGUUGGGCAUAGCUGCUCUGGGCUUCUGGGGAAACAACUCUUAGCACUGAGGCAGAGGGGCUCAGGUGUAUUUCCUAGAGAAGAGACAGGAGCAAGGCCAGGGAACAGACUCCCCAAGGGUUCCUCCUUCACCUUGUCAGAGAUAUUUUGCAGACGAAGCAAUUAAGACUUUAAAAAACCCCAGAUUUGCUUUCUGCCUGUGGAUGCCGCCAAGAAAGCAUCGUUGAAGUCUUCCCCGCCUCCACUGCCAUCAUGUCUAAAUCAGAGUCUCCCAAAGAGCCCGAACAGCUGAGGAAGCUCUUCAUCGGAGGAUUGAGCUUUGAAACAACCGAUGAGAGUCUGAGGAGCCAUUUUGAGCAACGGGGAACGCUCACAGACUGUGUGGUAAUGAGGGAUCCAAACACCAAGCGCUCCAGAGGCUUCGGGUUUGUCACAUACGCCACGGUGGAGGAGGUGGAUGCGGCCGUGAAUGCAAGGCCACACAAGGUGGACGGAAGAGUUGUAGAACCAAAGAGGGCCGUCUCAAGAGAAGAUUCUCAAAGACCUGGUGCCCACUUAACUGUGAAAAAGAUUUUUGUUGGUGGCAUUAAAGAAGGCACUGAAGAACAUCACCUGAGAGAUUAUUUUGAACAGUACGGGAAAAUUGAAGUAAUUGAAAUCAUGACUGACCGGGGCAGUGGCAAAAAGAGAGGCUUUGCUUUUGUAACCUUUGAUGACCAUGACUCCAUAGACAAGAUUGUCAUUCAGAAAUACCACACUGUGAAUGGCCACAACUGUGAAGUGAGAAAAGCCCUGUCUAAGCAAGAGAUGGCUAGUGCUUCAUCCAGCCAGAGAGGUCGAAGUGGUUCUGGAAACUUUGGUGGCGGUCGUGGAGGUGGUUUUGGUGGGAAUGACAACUUUGGUCGUGGAGGAAACUUCAGUGGUCGAGGUGGCUUUGGUGGCAGCCGUGGUGGUGGCGGAUACGGUGGCAGUGGGGAUGGAUAUAAUGGAUUUGGUAAUGACGGAAGCAAUUUUGGAGGUGGCGGACGCUACAAUGAUUUUGGCAAUUACAACAAUCAAUCUUCAAAUUUUGGACCCAUGAAAGGAGGAAACUUUGGAGGCAGAAGUUCUGGCCCCUGUGGUGGUGGAGGCCAAUACUUUGCCAAACCACGAAACCAAGGUGGCUAUGGUAGCUCCCGCAGCAGCAGGAGCUAUGGCAGUGGCGGGAGGUUUUCAUCACUGCCAGUUAGUCUACUCGGAAGCCAUUUUGGUAAACUACCCCAACAGUGUGAAGUUAGAAUUCCUUCAGGGUGAUGCCAGGUUCCAUUUGAAAUUUAUUUGCAACCUGCUUGGUGGAGAAGCUGUUGUCUUCAGAACCUUGGUGUAGUUGAACUGACAGUUACUGUGUUGUGACCUGGAGUUCACCAUUAAAAGGGUCACCCAUGCAAAGUCAUGGAGUUUUUUAAUUUUUUUUUUGGUUAUUAAUGAUUGUUGGUACAUCCUAUGCAAUAUAUCUAAAUUGAAUUAUGGUACCAGAUAAAGUUAUAGAUGGGAAUGAAGCUUGUGUAUCAUCCAUUAUCAUGUGUAAUCAAUAAAAGAUUUAAUAUCC